CUGACCAGCGGCCGCCGCCGUCCGCCGUCGGCACGCGCUCAGUGAUCGUUAGCCGUCCGCGCGGCCGCCCGCGCCACCACCGCGCCACCUGCCGCCCCACGCACCACGCACCACGCCGCCCGCUCCACCACGAGCACGCGCUAAUCAAAUAAACCUACAUACGAACACCCUGCUGGCCGGACGUUACUAUCGCUCCUUUUCAUACGCACCAGUAAAACAUGUGACAACAUGCCACAAGUUAACAUCUCUAGCGAGGAUUCCAGCGCGUUUACCAUCAUCAAUCACGAUGAGAAUAAGCACGAAGACGACACAGUGAACGAAAAACGUGUCACCGACUAUGGACUACCUCGGAACGUGAACGUGGUGAAACCACUGCAGCACGGCGAUGACGACCACGCCACCAGCGACAUGGACUCCGCCGCCCCCACCGGACCUCAAUCCAUUUUAGAUCCAAAAUUUUCGCGAGCACUCGACUUUAAGCUUCGCAGACUAAAAGAGAAGGAAUUUUUGCAGGCUAAUCUUCGUAGACCCACUCGGUACCGACCUCGAAAUGGCAUAAUAGCUGCCUCCAAUCCAAAUAUUAGUUCAAAAGACCAAACUUUCCCAGGGAAAAUGAUUAGCCAAUCGAACCCGCGAAUAGACAUCAUCGUCCCCGACGAUGAGUACAAGCAAAAGAUCUCUCCCAAAAUGGAUAAAUCUCCAUCACCGGGGCGCAAAAGUCGGGCCCGCAAAGUAUCAGGGUCCAACGAGGGUGAGAAACCCAGGUUCAUAACGACAGUAAAGACGGGACAGUUUCUCCUACCCCCGCCUGAAGUAGCCUCUCUUCUUGGGCUGGAGACUUUAUAUCCGCAACAAGAGAGAGAAAGAAUAGUGUACUCAUAUGCAAGCAAACCUAAACCGGUCGCUACUAGAUCGAAGCGAUCUUUACCGGACAAAAAAGAAAACAUUCCCAAUGGGGCAUCGACUACUGGGAGCCUGGCCAAGCGACCCAAUGCUAGCAACGUAUUUAGUGGAGUGCGGGCGCUCGUGGCUGGCGUGGUGGGCAUGAAGCACCUCCUCGAGAAAAGCGAUAACGGCAGCAUGGCGGCGACAAUGCCGUAUUCCAACAUGAUGCACGACAAGCGCGUGGUCCGCGGGAGCACGUUCGCCGCACACCAGCACGCUGCGGGCGAUGGCGGUGAGAGCGCAGCAGCGCGAGCGGCGCGCACUCGGCGGCGCGCGCUGGCGCGGCGGGCGGCGGCGGCGCGCCUGCGGCCCGGCACGCCGCCCCCGGCGCCCGGCCGCCGCCACCAUCCCAUACAAACCGACUACUACCUGGAGGAGCUAUUCGACAAAGGCGUGGAGAUGGAAGUGGGAGUCCAAACAGACCUCUUCGUGGACCGGCCCGCCACUCCUGUGUACGUACCAGCCAAGACUGGCGCCGACGCAUUCACGCAAAUUUACCCCGGUGAUCUGUUCGACUUCGACCUAGAGGUGCAGCCGAUCCUGGAAGUGCUGGUAGGGAAGACGACGGAGCAGGCGCUAGCAGAAGUGGCGCAGGAGGAGGAGCUGGCGACUCUGCGCGAGCAGCAGCGCCGCUACUGCGAGCUGCGGGACGCGGAGCUCGCCGAGCGGCAACGGCUCGCGGCGCAGGAUCUGCGGCUCCACCAGGAAAAAGAGCGGCGCGUGGCAGAGGCGCGCGUGGCGCAGUCGGCGGCGCAGGAGGCCCGGGAGCGCGCGGCGGCCGGCGUGCUGGUGCAGGGCUACGUGGCCGAGCUGCUGCCCAGCGUGCUGGCCGGCCUACGCGACCACGGCUACCUCGUCGACCGUGUGCACACAGGCGUAGAAGAAGAAUUCAUGCCGUGGCUGGUAGAAGAAGUGUCAAAGGAAAUUGAGUCAAUUAUCACCAGUCGAGACGUUAUUACAGAGAUCGUGCGCGACGUGGUGGAGGCGCGCGGCGAACUGCACCGCGGCGCGGCCGAGCGCGAAGACCGGCCGAGCGCUACGCCAGGAGACUCGCUCACGCCGCCCUCCGCGCCGCCAGGGGACGGCCUCGAAGACGCUUUGGAAGAAUAGCAGCGAGUUACUGCGAACGAGUGAGAGAGUGCCGUGAAUGGCCGUGUGUCCGCGUUUGCAGAGAUAGCUGCAGUGCAACAAACAAUAAACGGAAAACUAAAUGUGAUUAUUAGAUGUAAAACAGAAUGUGCGGGGCCUACGCUACGUGGACGAUUAAUUUAUAAUUAUUCGGAAUAUGUGACGAUGAAAUUGAAAUUAACAGUAUUGAAUGUGUAUUGAAAACAAUUGUUAACUAACGACAAGUUAGGGAUUAUGGUACUAUAAUUGUCGACGUGACAUUUAUAUUAAAUUUGUAUAGUAAACGAUACUGAUAUUUAUCCAUUAACAAUCGCUUUACACAAUUAUAGAUACAACUGUAUAUAGCAAGUACUUAUAACGAGGAAGGGGAGGGCGCAAUAGUAGAGAACAUCAGCACAAUUUUGGGUCAUUCCUAGAAACAUUAGGUAAUAUUGAAUGCCAAUAGGCGCUGUGCUCAUAGAGUAGGUAUUAUCAUUAUGUCUGUAGCUACUUGUCUGCUCAUCGUAGAGGUAGUGACAAUCGUAUAACAACAUUUUAAAAAUAUUAAUGUUGCAGGUACUCUUACCGAAUUCAAAUUAUUUGUCAAUAUAUAUUGUUUUUAUACUAAAUUUAAUUGAUACCUACGCCACGACUACGUCAAGAAGAAAAAAAUACAAACACUAAAUAGGUAAAAAAAAGUUCAAAUACCACCUGGACAACAGAAAAUAAAAAUAAUACUAUCAUGGACAACACAAAAUAUACAGCGUAGCUCCUUACUGACCAGUGCAAAGGAAAGAGGUGUUAACGUGAAUAGCCUGGAUGCACCUACUGUAACGAGUCGUAACUCCAUCAACAAGCUUAGCUUAAAAAUUAGCAACAUGUGCAAUUACGAGUAUAGACAGACAAUAUUUUGUAUUAAACAUAAAAAUAAGAUAUAUUGACUAAUACAAUUUGGUACAAGAGGUGGACUUGCUUAUACGUAAUUUGUAAUUUAUUUUUAAUUAUUAUCCAGUUGGUUUUUUUUACCAACUGACUUUAUUUAUGUUAUUUAUGAAUUUCUAAAUUCUGUUGUUUAAGGCUCGGAUAAAGUUUAUUUUAAAAAUUGUUGAUUUUAUUCGUUGUGUAGUUUUUAGAUAUUUAGAGUAUGCAUUGACAAUAUGGAAUUAAAUUCUUACAUUGA